AUGAUUUCUCUGAACCUCACUGUGCCGUUAGCGGUGGACUUUAGUGACGCUGCAGAUUAUUUCAUUUUUAUAACCAAUCUACUAAUUGCCACCAGUGCUGUUCUCGUGGCUGGCUCGGUUGUAUUGGUUAUUCUUUGUAAAAAGUCACUUCGAGCACAAAAUCGCUUUAUUUUCAUGCUGAACACCAGCAUAUCUGACACUCUGUCUGGGGUAGGUGGUUACUACAUCGGUCUGUUUGAUGUGCCGCAAGGCUAUCCGCCUAGUUACAGUACUUAUUACAUAGUGCAUUCGCUACCUGGAGUCAAUAUUAUGACCAUCUUGUUUUCACAGGUGGACCGAUUCCUUGCAGUAGUUUAUCCUUAUACUUACAAUCGUUAUGUAUCCAGGACUGUAGUUAUAGAAGUUUGUUUUUUCGCUUGGUUUUACACAUACGUAAUAAUGCUGACGAUUCUGAACCUCGUUACGUUAGAAGUGCUUGCAGAAAUACGUGCAUAUAGCGUGUUGACCUUGCAGGCAGUAAUAAUCGCCAAAGUGUUGAUGAACGUGAAACUGUACCUCAUCGCUAAAUACCAAAUAUCGCGGGAGCCGCCGGGUCCAGAGAGAGACAGCAAGAAAGAGUCCCUGAGACUCAUC